ACUAAAUUGCAGCUCAUUGCGAACCUCUACAAACAUAUCACUACAAACUCCAAUUCUAAUUCCCGCGCCGAACAACUUUAAAAAUACCAUAAGGACAAAUUCUAACCAAACUGUCCCAGAUCUGGAUUCCCUACGUUUGAGACUAGAAGGUUCGUGCAUUACAAACACUUUGGUCCAUCGGAUCAAUCUCAUGCUACAAAUUAAGCCACGUCUCCAUCAUUUUAUAUACUCUCCCUCCAUUCACGUAUCUGCUGCUUCCGCCUCCGUGCCACGUCGCCGAUACUGACAUCGCUUCCGUUUUCACAAACACCGCCAAUGAAUUUUCCGAUGAUGCAUGUUCGCGGUAAAUAUUUGUAAUGGUUCCCUCUUAAAAUUACCAUUCGUAGAAAUAGUUAAUUCUACAUCUAUUGGUUCAUUUGAAUCCUUCCCCAAAUUUUUGAAUCCGAAGCAACAUUAUCUCUCUCUCAUCAUCUCCGAGUCUUAAAACCCUAAAACAACAUUGAAAUAUUGGAUGCAACCGUUCCUAUUCUCUUCUUCCGUCUCUAUUCUUUGUUCAUUGCUAUUGAUUCAAAUCUUCGAAGUUAAUAAAACCAAUGUCAGGUUCGCGGUAUCUCUUCAGUAAUGGCGUCCUUUCGCACACCUUAGACGUUCCUCCUGUCAAACUCUUUCUUGAAACUCAUCCAGGUGCUUACACAACAUCUCGUACUCACAAUAAUGCUUCAUGCUUAUUAUUUUGGGAAAGACAUGUGAAAAGACUUUCAGAAUCUACGCAAAUUCUGUCGAAUUUGGCACCGCAACUUUUAUCCAAAUCUCAUAAUGCUGCAAGUUUGCUACCAUUGGAUAAGAAUUUUCCGGUUUGGCAACCUGCAUUGGAGAUGCUUGUUGAUGAAUCAGUGGGGAAGGUCUUGCCGAUUGCGUUGAAAGAGAGGGUUGAUUCUGAGGAGCUGGCUAUUACAACUCUUGUUAGUGGUAAUUUGGAGGAACUGAAUGGAUCUGAGACUAUGACUGAGGGAAAAAUGAGUAAUUUUUUUGAUGUGCAUGUGCAUAUUGAUACUUAUGUUCCGCCUCAAUUUGGUAUCUGGGGAAAUGGUGCACAUUUGGCGGUGGGGGGCUAUGGGAGGAACUUUGCAGCUGCAAAAUACUCAGAUUGGGUAAGGGUUAGGAAAACUCUGGAAAAGCUCAGACCUCCAUCAGUGACAGAACUGUUAUUGUCUCAUGAUGGCGAUCAAAUACUCGAAGGUUGUGUGACAAAUUUUUUCGUUGUUUGCUGCAAGGACAGGGAUUCAGAUAAUGGGAAGGCCCCUUGUGAUUAUGGAAAUAAAAACUCUUUUGAAGUGCAGACAGCUCCUAUCAGUGAUGGUGUUCUUCCAGGAGUUAUACGCCAAGUAGUGCUUGAGGUAUGCAAGAAUGAAGGAAUCCCAUUUCGUGAAGUUGCUCCAUCAUGGUCAAAACAUGAAAUCUGGGAGGAAGCAUUCAUCACAAGUAGCUUGAGGGUUUUGCAACAUGUAGAGAGUAUUCAGGUUCCAACAGAAUGGCAAUCUGCCCAUUCUAAAACAUGGAAGGAUAUAUCAUGGACAAAAAAGCAAUUUCAGGGUGGACCUGGAAUGAUCACGAAUUUAAUCCAGGAAAAAGUUAUGGAGAAAGCAAUUUUGGAAGGGUACCCAAUGAGUAACAUAUGUACAAGGUGAAGAUCCUACUUCUUUGCUGAGAUGAAAUAGACGGUAGUUGACCUUCCCUUUCUCUUAGGCUGGUAUGUAACCCUGACAAUGCCAUAGUUUCUCAAUGAGUAGAUUGUGAAUUUGUAAUCACUUGGAAGAUGUCUGAACAACUUUACAAAUUGGUUGGGACCAAAACAGAAACAAAAUAGCCCGAAUAAGUCAUUUCUUAGCCCACCUCUUAAGGUGUUUAUGUUGUGCACAAUUUACUUGACAAGAGUGGAGCUAGUUUUGCUGGGUGGAGUCUAAUGCAGAGAAUUCAAAGCCUGUUUAUGAUAGACUUAUUCUUACCUUGAGACAAAAUGUUGAAAUGUGUCUUAUGAUGUGUUUGGACGUGUUACAUGGAAAUUAUUUUUAAGAAAUUAAAAUUUUUAAGCAAUUUAAAUGAUUAAAUUGAAAUUUAUUUAUUUUUAAAUUCUUUUAUUUGAAUAGAAUAUUAAAAUUAUUUAUUAUUAAAUUUAAUUUUUAAUUUGAAAAUUAUAAGGAUC